CCCCCCUCCCUCCCACCCCCGACAUGGAAAUAUCCUGAUUCGAUCGCGCACCGGGGCAAGGAGUGACCUUCUUCUUUUUUUGCGGGAUUUCCUCGGUUUGGGAUUCGGACUUCUUUCCUGCGCUCGGUCCAGUGGUCCGGGUGGUCGGUGGUCUGGCUCCGGUGAGGCGCGCGUCGGUCGCCGGGAUGGAGGAGGCCGGGGUCCAGGGGAGCGUAUGGGACGGCGACGCCCGGGCGGUGCAGCAGUGCCUGACGGAUAUCUUCACCAGCGUCUACACCACCUGCGACGUCCCGGACAGCGCCAUCUUCGGCCCCUGCGUGUUGAGCCACACGUCCCUCUACGACAGCAUCGCUUUCAUCGCCCUCAAGGCCACCGACAAGAGGACCGUCCCCUACAUAUUUCGGGUGGACACUUCCGCGGCGAACGGCUCCUCGGAAGGGCUGAUGUGGCUUCGCCUGGUCCAAUCGGCCCGGGGCCGGGAGGAGCAGAACCUGGAGGCCUACAUAAAGAAUGGACAAUUGUUUUACCGCUCCCUCCGCAGGAUCUCCAAGGACGAGGAGCUGCUGGUCUGGUACGGCAAAGACCUGACCGAUUUGCUGCUACUCAGCCCCGCCGGAGCCGCCGGCACAAUGAACGGGUCACCCCCCUUCCCCUGCCCGGACUGCAGCCAACGUUUCCAGUUCGAGUUCCCCUUCGCCGCCCACCUGCGCUUCCGCUGCCCCCGGAGACCGUCCGGUCCCGACGGGCCCCGGGACGGACCCCAGGACCGACCCCAGGACGGCCCCCCGGACCGAGCCGGCGGCGGGGCGGCCAAGGACGGCGGCGGCAAAGAGGCGGCGCCCCCGGCCCCCGGCCCCCCCAGAUACCGCUCCCCGGCCGGGCCCGCCCACCGCCCCUUUGCGCCCGGCCAGGACGCCGGGCCCGGGGCCUCGGGGGCCGGGGCCGUGGCCAAGCCCUCCACCGACUUCCACAACCUGGCCCGGGAGCUGGAAAACUCCCGAGGGGGCGACGGCUGCUCCCCGGACCCCAGCCCGCCCGGCGCCCCGCCCGGCGCCCCGCCGUGCGCCCCGCCGUGCGCCCCGCCGUGCGCCCCGCCGUGCGCCCUACCGGGCGCUUCGCCCUGCGCCCCGGCCGGGGCCGCGAAGGGCCGGCGGAGAGCGGCCGGGGAGGAGGCGGACGAGCCGGCCGGCCCCCCUCAGCAGCACUACCGGCCGGCCGGCAGCUACUUCGGCCUGGACGAGGGCGGCCGCCUCUUCGGGCCGCCCAGCCCCGAAACGGGCGAGGCCAAGCGCAGCGCCUUCGUGGAGGUGAAAAAGGCCCCUCGGGGGGCGCCGGGGGCCGGGGGGGCCCCGGAGGAGGGGCCCGCCGACGGGGCCGAGGACCCGGCCGCCCGGUCCUCCGGCUCCUCCCCCGGCUCCUCUUCGUCGUCGCCGGCCACGGUGGCCCGGCCCGGGGGGGCUCUGUCCGGCCGGCUGGACGGAGGGAGCCCGGCCAGGGGCAGCGCCUUCACCUCGGUGCCGCAGCUGGGAGGCGGGCCCGCCGGGGUCCCCGACGAGCGGAAAAGCGCCUUCUCGCAGCCCGCUCGCUCCUCCUUCCCCCCGAUGGCCCCCCUGGUGCUGGGCCAGAAGCUGGGGCCCGUGGAGCCCUGCCUCCCGGGCGAAGGCGUGGGACCCCCGCGCCUCUACGCCGCCGACCCCCUGGCCGUGAAGCUGCCCGGGGCGGCGGAGCUGGGCGGAGGAGGAGCCGGAGGAGCCGGAGGAGCCGCAGCGGGGGGAGCGGGAGGAGCGGGAGGAGGAGGCGGCGGCCCCCUCCCCAAGCACAGCCCCUUCCUCUACGCCACCGCCUUCUGGCCCAAGGGAGCCGGGGCCGGGGCCGGCUCGGGGGCCGGUCCUGGGCCCCUCCAGCUCCAGCUGCCCUCGGCGCUGACGCUCCUGCCGCCGUCCUUCACGUCGCUCUGCCUCCCGGCGCAAAACUGGUGUGCUAAAUGCAACGCGUCCUUCCGCAUGACCUCCGACCUGGUCUACCACAUGCGCUCCCACCACAAGAAGGAGUUCGCCCUCGAGCCGCUCGUCAAGAGGAGGCGGGAGGACAAGCUCAAGUGCCCCAUCUGCAACGAGUCCUUUAGGGAACGCCACCACCUGUCCAGGCACAUGACCUCGCACAACUGAACCGCGGGCGCCCUGGGCGCACCACCUGGGCGCACCACCUGGAACCCGGACCCUGCGCGCGCGCGCGCGCGCGAGAGAGAGAGACCCCCCCCCCAACCCC